AUGGGUCAGAGACACAACCGACGCCGAACGCGCCCCCGUCAUCACUCCAAUCAAGAAACACCGGUCAAUCAAGCUACUAGCUUACCGGCAAUUGCAUCGCCUGUCUUGAGCCAGUCCAACAUACACGCCAAAUCAUCGGUUGCAUGCAUUUCACCUGGAUCUCCGGCGCCAGCGACCCUCGCCCCAACCUGGCAAUAUGGGUAUACCGCAUGGCAGAUCCGUGAAACUCAGCAGAAAACUGGUGGAAUGGAGGCCGCACAGUACCGUCUGUUUGGCGGCGAGCCGGGCGACGAUCUGAGCCUCUGCUAUCGCAUGCUGGAGUACUUUGGUGGACUCGACUUCAUCGACUCGUGA